CUGCAAGCCUUCAAGUGUGUUAGGGAUGAAGUGGUCGUCCUCCCUGGAAAAGUACCUUGGCGUGCCGCUCACGUUGACGCCUCCUAGCCAUGAAACGUGGUCGGUCAAACUCCAGAAGAUGAGAGCGUCGCUGCUGCCAUGGCGCACGAGACAAAUCCAUCUUAUCCAGAGAAGCUUUGUGUGUAACACUGUUCCCUUUCCUAGUUUGAUGUACGCAGCCCAGGCUAUUCCAAUCGACGCCAGCACGGUGUCAAAGGCCCAUCGGCUCUUCGCAACAUUUGUUUGGCAGUCGCCAAUGGAGAAAACACGGCGCACAAAUCUCUUUCUUAGCCUUCAGGCUGGGGGAUUCGCCUUGGUGCACGUGGCCCUCAAAGUAAAAAUAAGUCGGUUCCUUUUGUUUAGAGACUCGAGUGAUGCGAUCACGCGGUGGUCAUUCCAGAGUCUUGGGAGUGCGCACCUUAGCCAGUGGGUGGUUGGCACAUCGGAGCAACCGAAAGCAGCUAAGUGCCUCCGGUUCUACAAAGAAAUUGCGGAAGCAAUCAAAUUCUUUGAAUUGAGGUACUCGUGGGAGUAUCUCCAGCAAGUUAAAAAGAAAAAACUCUAUUGGGACACAGUCAGCAGCAUGUUUCCAGCUCCUUUGUACAGAAAUGGACUCGAAUCAUCAGCUGGAAAAGACGUCCUCAGGCGAUUGCGCAGCCUCCCUGUUUCUCCCAAAACCAAAAACUUCUUCAUUCGUUUUCACACAGAAACCCUGCCAGUGAAAACUUGGUUAGAAAACAAGGGCUUCUACCUUCCAAUUGGAACAAACUGCAGUUUCUGUGGUGAGCGGGAAACGCUCCUUCAUGUGUUUCUGGAUUGUAAGGGCGCCUUCUGUUUCUGGGCGGAUUUUCGCUAUAUUUUUGAAUGCAACUUUGAGCCAAGCUGGGAAUCGCUCAAGUUUUUGUACUUUGGUGAGGAACGGGGAGUGGAGUUUGAGUCGUUGGUUGCGAUGGCCCUUCACGCGCUUUGGUUGUGCCGGACAUUACAUGUGGAGGCAGCGCCUGUGCGGAAAACCGCGUGGCAGUUGUUUCGAGAGAGAGCAGAGUGGACACUGAGCGCAGUUAGCACAGUACCAGACGAUGUCAACCACGCCUGGCUCCAGAUAAAACAACAAAUUAAAAAAAGCGUCGUUGCCCGCAACGCACAGCCGCCCUGGAAAGAAAGGUUUUAG